AUGUCUCAAAAAAAGACAGAAAAUUCGUUGUUUAGUAAUCGCGAUGCGGAAUAUAACAAUUUCACAAACAAUGAAACUAAUCCACAAGAAAUUCAUAACAAUAAUGGACAAAUGUCUUAUCCAGAUAACUAUUUGGUAGAUCAACCGCCAGUUUAUUGGGAUCCAUCGAUGCAAUAUAUGAAUUAUGGUCAAUAUUCAUCACCAAUGCCCUAUAAUCAAUCAUAUGAUAAUCAAACAAUUCAUCCUGCUCAACCACAAUAUUCAUCAAUGGCCUAUAAUCAACCAUAUGAUUAUCAAGGAAAUCAAUCUAUUCAACAACAAUAUCCACCUAAUUCUGUAACGCAGCCUGCUCAAUCUCCAAAAACUUAUCAUCUUCAAAACUCGUCUGCUCUUCCUCCUGCGCCGUUAGGUCGUACACCAUUUGAACAAGUUGCAGUUCCUUUGGCUCCAAGCGUUUUUAAUCAUGCUUCUGUUCCCAUUCCACCUGCUCACGUACAACAAGCUCCUCCUCCUGGCGUGUCAUCUCAAUAUGCUCAGCCUCCUCUACCAUUGCCACGCCAUCAUUCACGUGAUCCGCCUCCACCACACUAUGAUGACAAUCCUCGUUUACCACGUAUUCGACGAAAGCAUAAGCGUCGAGAAUAUGAUGAUCGUGAUCGAUAUCGUUCUUCAGAUCCUAUUAUCGUGAGUUAUUUUCCUCAACGUUAUGACGAUCAUACACGUCGACAACGAAAUCGAUGGUAUCAUUGA